ACGGAGGGAGGUAAAUAAAGUGGGGGCACCCUGGUUUUCGCGUUCUUUUCGAGUAGCGACGCUCUAAGAGAAAGCGGGAGAGAGAGAUGGGGAGCUUGAAGGAAAUAGUAGACAAGACGCAGAAGAAGAAAAAGAACAAGAAAGCUAACGAUAGCGAUUUCAGUGAAAAGGAUGUAAUGAUAAAAACAGAGGAUGGAGGGAAUAAAGUGAACAAGUCUGCCGAGAAGAAGAAAAAGAAGAGGAAAAGGGAAAAGGGAAAUAAUGCUGAUGGUGGUGAUACAAUUUGGAUCAGUAAAGAAGAUGAUGAGACUAAAGCAGAAGGAGAAAAGAAAAGGAACACACUAAGAAAAAAGAAAAAAAGAAGUGGGGAGCAAAAUAAUGCUGUGGUUGGGAAAUUUGAUCAGCUUGGCGCUGAGUCUGAAGAUGGUUUUAAUGAGCUAAAAGGUAAAUCUGAGAAAUCUAAGAAAAAGAAAAGGGAACAUGACACAUCAAAGGAGGAUGAGAAUAUGCUGGAAAAGAGGGGAGAGACCAAUCAGGAUGAGGCUUGUUGUAUUUCUUCUGGGGAUGAGGACUACUCAAAAGGAAUGAAAAAGUGGCUUACGGAAUAUCAUCAAAGUAGACCAGGUCUGACAGUGCUGCAACAAAGAUUAGAUGAGUUCAUAAUUGCCCAUGAGGAAAAACUUGAACAGGAAAGAAAAGAAAGAGAAGCCCAAGCUGCGGAAGGG